AUGGCUCGGUGUAUGGUAUUCUUCGUCUCGGUGCUAGGAGUUGUUGCGGCUAAGGGUCUCCCUUAUCCGAGCAUUCCCGAGUGCGGGGACAACCAGGUUCAUCAGGACUGCCAGCCUCAAUGCCAGCCAAAAUGUGGCCAGCCUUACCACUGCGAUGUGUCGUCGUAUGUGAGCACAUGUGAGCCGGGCUGCUAUUGCAAAGAAGGCUACCUCAUCAAGAACAAUGCCGACGGAUCGACCUCGUGCGUUAAGAAAAGCCAGUGCGGCUAUCCGGCCCCGACCCCGGCACCGGCUGGCUGCAUGCAGACAUGCUCCCCACUGUACGAAUUCGAGGACUGCUGCGAAGUCAAGUGCAGUCGCAACGGAUAUCCUGUGGGGCCUAUCGUGAGCUGCACCGAGACACCGACGAAAUCGAUGUGCGAGUGCGCUGAGGGCACGAUUAUUUUGCUCAGCGAAAAUGGCUUCAAUGUCUGUGUGCCGGCCGAGACUGCAGAGUGCACGACAACGACCGUGACCACAACUCCCACGACUACUGAGACCACGACGACGCCUACCACAACCACGCACUGCGCGCCGGUGAAGUAUGAGUUCGGCUCGGACUGCCGGUAUGUCUGCGGUGGCUACGAUACCCGCUCUGUGACGUGCGACACCGAGCCCAAGGAGCUCGACACCUGCGUCUGCCCCGAUGACUGCGACUCCGUGCCAUUCAACGAGGGCGACAUCUGCGUCCCAAGGGAUCAGACAGUCUGCGCAACCACGCCGACAGUGCCUCCAGUUACGACUCCCUGCCAACCGGAUAUCUACAAGUAUGAUGGCUGCCACUACGAUUGUGCCACCGACUGUGUCGACACUUGCGGAGAACUCGUGAGAACCCCCGACUGCAAUCUGCGUGCCGCAGGGAGAAAAGGACCAAUGCCCGCCGCCAACGGAAGCACCGACCCCUCUCCGAGUACAACAACCGAGACUACCACCACAGAAGCGACGACCACUACCACCACUGAAGCAUCCACCACAACCACGACACCAGCGCCAACUGAGUGCCCCCACAAGGUCACGGUCUACAGCUGCACCCCGCAAUGUACCUGGGACUGCAAGAAGAAGGCGCUGUCCGGGAGUUGCAAGGCAGAGAAGUGCCCGCUAGAGGAGAUUUGCGGCUGCCCCGAGGGUAGCGUUUUGGUGCCGUACAGCGGCGGAUACGCUGCACCUGGCCAAGUCUGCGUCACCAAGAGCUGCCCAUCACGCGGAUAUGCCAACCCAGCUCAC